AUGUGCCACCUCCGGGGGCCAGCAGACUGGCAAGGCGAACUGAAAGCAUCGAACGUCUUUUGGAAAGAUGCUGCUGACAUGCUAGAGCCACGUAGGGAACACACAGCGGUUGCAUUCAGGGACAGUAUCUUCAUUGCUGGAGGCCGCAAUUUGCAGGGUUACUUGAACACGAUCGAUGUCUUCACCCCGCCCGACAACCAGCGACCGUUGGGACAGUGGACGCGCCUGGCUACCUGGAGCACGGGAAGGCCAACUGCUGCUCUCGUCGUUUGUCAGGACAGACUGUUUUCUUUCAAGCACAAUAGAGAAGCAUCCUACACUCUGAUGAAGUUCGAGCCCCCAGCAGAUCCGUCUUCUUCAUCGCAGGGGAAGUUUGAUCAAUGGGAAUGGGUGCAGUGCGGAUGGGUGUUGGGCUUUAAGGAGAUCCAACGAGGUUUCUCUCUGUCCUAA